UCCCUCGCGAAUGUAUCUAUUUCAGCCGCGCGAGCGCUAAAAGGCUCGCCGAGGAGGAGGAGGGAGGCGUUUGCCCGGCUGCUGUUUCGGCGAGCGGGCGGCUUCUUGGCGCCGCGAGUGCCGUCAGUCCCCUUGGAAGAGACCAAGCGCGGAGCCGUCUCGGGUCCCAUGGAGGCUUUCCACCCCGCCAAGCUGGACCACCACCACCACCACCCGCCCGUGGAGUUUUUGCCCGGGGGCGCCCGCUACGGCGCCAAGAGCCACGGCGCCUACGGGAACGCCUUCAACUCGUGGAACGACUACCUGGGUCUGGCCACGCUGGUCACCAAGGCCGUGAGCCAGCAGGAGAAGGGCUUCCGCGGGGGGGCCUCGUCGGUGGUGGUGGCGGCCACCGUGCAGCAGGUCGAGGAGGACGACGAAGAGGACGACGACGAGGAGGAGGAGGAGGAGGAAGAUGAGGAGGAGGAAGGCGGCGGCGGCGCGCCUUAUUUCGAGGGCGCCCUGGAUUUGCGCGACUUCGACUUGUGCAGCCACCACCACCACCACCUGAGUCCCGGCGAGAGCCUGCUGGAGGAGCGCUUCGCCGACUUCAGCCCCUUCUCGGGCCGAGCCAGCCCGGCCUCGUCGGUCGUCUUCAGCUGCUCUUCCGACCCGCUGGAGAAGGAUCGCUCGGCGGCGCACGCCUGGCCCGGCGGCGGCGGCGGCCGCCUGGUGGUGGACGGCCGGCUGCACCCGGCGGCAGCGCCCAAGACGGGCUCUCGGCUGCUCAAGCCCGAGCUGCAAGUGUGCGUCUUCUGCCGGAAUAACAAGGAAGCCGUGGCGCUCUACACCACGCACAUCCUCAAGGGCCCCGACGGCCGGGUCUUGUGCCCGGUGCUGCGCAGAUACACGUGCCCGCUGUGCGGGGCGAGCGGGGACAACGCGCACACCAUCAAGUACUGCCCCUUGUCCAAAAUGCACGGCGGCGGCGGCGGCAGCGCCCCCAAACAGCCGCUCAAAAGCGCCCGCCACAUCCUGGGCAAGAAGCUCCGCUAAGGGGCGCUGCCCGCGCGGGUCCAAACACAAACAACCCAUCUUCUUUUUUUCCUUGCGCGUGUGUGCCCUCUACAGGACAAAGACAUUUCUUCGGAUUUUUUUUUUUUAAUAAUGUUCUUUAAUCGAAUGAUGUCCCCCUUCUUAAUAUAUUUAAACACGGAGACGGUAGAAUGUACAGAGAAAUGUUCUUGAUCUAUGUAUCAGAUAAUCGAAGUAUAGGUUCUAGUUUGUAUACUUAGUAGCCGGGGACGCCGGCCUAUGAAUUAACUCUUAAGAAUUAUAACAUGCCGUUUAGAGGUACUGUAUUUGUUUAUUGUAAGAAUAUAUCUAAUUUUUAAAUGGAAUUAAGGAUAUCAUUUAUAAGUGUGCUCCCAACUGAUGUAGCUAUCUUUAAUAUUAAUUCUUGGCUGGGAAGGGAGCACUCUUUUUUUAAAUAAAAAAAAAACACUCUUAACAGCUUCAGAGGAGCUAACCAGCAUGAACUAUGGUGACAUUAACCCCAGUGAAGGUUAUUGGGGUUUUCUAGGUGUGCAUUUAAACUGGUGGUCCCUACCUUGGUGAAGAAGUGGGGCUGAAAUGGUACUGAUGAAUUCUUUGUAUUGGACUGGCAAAUUUGUUCCUAUUGAUGUCUUCACUGUUUUACAAGCAAUACUUGGUUGUAGAAGUUGGAGCCAGGGGUUACAGGCUAUGUAUGUCUGAGAGAUUUCUUAUGGUCUAGAACCACUUUGUGUUGAACUCCCCCCUUGAGGCAAACUUCCUGUUUUCAGUGCAUGUUCUUCGUUUGCCAUUCCAAAAUUGAAUGCUUAAUCCACUUCGGCCCCUUUUUUGUUUUUUUAAAUGCCGUUUAUUUCCCUGUAGCCCAGCUAGGGUGACUUGGUUGAUCUUUAUGAAGUGUGGAAGUAAAGGUGUCUGAGAGACUGGA